ACCCCAUAGAGAGCCUUUUUAAGAGGGUGGCAACUAGGAUGUCUGGUAAAGGGGGAUCAUCCAACCAAGACGAAGACAUGGAGCUAAGGAGAGGGCCUUGGACGCUACAGGAGGAUACUCUCCUCACCCACUACGUUGCUUGUCAUGGCGAAGGUCGCUGGAACCUCCUCGCCAGGUGCUCGGGUUUGAGGAGAACCGGCAAGAGCUGUCGUUUGAGGUGGUUGAAUUACUUGAAGCCCGAUAUAAAGCGAGGUAACCUCUCCCCUGAAGAGCAGCUGCUGAUCCUCGAACUCCACUCCAAGUGGGGCAACAGGUGGUCUCGGAUCGCACAGUUUUUGCCAGGGAGAACCGAUAACGAGAUAAAGAACUACUGGAGGACUCGGGUGCAAAAGCAAGCAAGGCAGCUCAAGAUCGACGCCAACAGCGCAAUGUUUCGGGAUGCAAUCCGAUGCUACUGGAUGCCGAGACUGCUAGAGAAGACGGCCUCUCCUCGAUCCCUGCAAACUCCACAUCAUGGGACCGCCACCGCGGUGGCCGAUCAGCCUCCGCAGGAUCCUCUCCUGCAGCUUCUCCGACCGGGCAUGCAAUGCCAGUUUGAGAAUCCUAGCUCGUAUGAGCUCUCAGGCGCAGAGUUUUGCAGGCCGAGCAACUCCCCUGGGUUGCCUAGUAGUACUGUUCUCCCCCAACUCCCGGACUUGCCAGAGUUCUCUCCGAACCCACCGAAUCAGCUCAAUGACAUCGAGUUCAAUCCCUUCCAUGGUAACAGUUCCAUCGAGUUCAACGCCUAUGGCUCAGAAGCCUGCGACCUGGCCUCCGUGACAGCAUCGGCUGUUAGCUACCCGGCAUCCAGUUCCUGUGAUGCUAACAAUGAGUACUGCAUGAACAAGAUUGGUGAUAGCCUGUGGAGCAUGGACGAACUGUAUGUUAUGCUGAAAAGCUACAUGGAAGGGGUAGCAUGUUUCCUUUAGCAGAUAGGUCUUAGGGCCCGAAGUCCCACAACAUGAAUUCAUGUAAACUAGUGUUACUGCAAAGUCUUGGGGGCCGAAAGUCCCACAGAUGGACUAAUGUAAGUCAGUGUAAUGAGCUUGGAUUUCUGCAUGUGUUUUCUUUAGAAAUUGAAUGAGGCUCAUCCUUCUCUUCGGAGUGUC